CCCUCUGCUCUCUGAAGAUGGAGGAAGUAAAAACAGGAUUACCCUUAGCUACGGCUCCUCCGCCGCCUUAGUCCCCCCACAGCCAACUGCCGUGCACAAACACACCUCCACUGGGCAGAGGGAGCCGACACUAAUAAACACACAAACAAAAGGGGGAUGGAACUGACUCACUGCCUGCGCGGCUGAGUGUGUGCCUGCCUACCUGGACUAGGGGGAAGAUAAGCACUGCACUUUGACUAUGGAAGCAGAGGCUGUUGAUGGAUAUAUUACAUGUGACAAUGACUAUUCGCCUGAGAGGGAGCACUGCGGCAUGGCCAUCGACCUCACCUCUAGCACUCCCAAUGGGCAGCACACCUCCCCCUGUCACAUGGCAGGCACAAAUUCAGUAAAGCUAGAAAUGCAAAGUGAUGAGGAAUUUGACAGGAAGCCCCUGAUUCAUGAAGACAUUAUCAGAGCUCACGAUGGAGGAAGCAGCCUGGAAGAUCCCUUCAUUGGGAGUAACGAGAUGGUGGAUAACAGAAAGAUGCAGGAGCUAUCAAGCGAGGGAGGAAUCCGGCUUCCCAAUGGUAAACUGAAAUGUGACGUCUGUGGCAUGGUUUGCAUUGGGCCCAAUGUGCUAAUGGUACAUAAAAGGAGCCACACUGGUGAACGCCCCUUCCACUGUAACCAAUGUGGAGCUUCUUUUACCCAGAAGGGGAACCUGCUGAGGCACAUCAAGUUGCACUCUGGGGAGAAACCGUUCAAAUGUCCCUUCUGUAGCUACGCCUGCCGGCGGAGGGACGCCCUCACAGGACACCUCAGGACACACUCUGUGGGGAAGCCUCACAAGUGCAACUACUGCGGCCGGAGCUACAAGCAGCGCAGUUCUCUGGAGGAGCACAAGGAACGCUGCCACAACUACCUGCAGAAUGUCAGUCUGGAGGCUGCUGGGCAGGUCAUGAGUCACCAUGUACCUGCUCUGGAAGAUUGUAAGGAACAAGAGCCUGUGAUGGACAACAAUAUUUCUGUGGUGCCUUUUGAGAGACCUGCUGUUAUAGAGAAGCUGUCAAGCAACAUGGGAAAGCGUAAAAGCUCCACCCCACAGAAGUUUGUGGGUGAAAAGUUCAUGAGAUUUGGCUAUCCAGAUAUCCCCUUUGAUAUGAACCUAAGCUAUGACAAGGAGGCUGAGCUGAUGCAGUCUCACAUGAUGGACCAAGCCAUCACCAAUGCAAUCACCUACCUUGGAGCUGAGGCACUUCACCCCCUGAUGCAGCACACACCGAGCACAAUCGCAGAGGUGGCCCCGGUCAUCAGCUCAGCUUACGCUCAGGUCUAUCAUCCCAGCAGGAUAGAGAGGCCCAUCAGCAGGGAAACAGCUGACAGCCACGAGAACAACAUGGAUGGCCCCAUCUCCCUCAUCAGACCAAAGAGUCGAAUCCAGGAUAGAGAGGGCUCCCCCAGCAAUAGCUGCCUGGAUUCCACUGACUCAGACAGCAGCCACGACGACCGCCAGUCCUACCCAGGAAACGCUGCCUUAACCCCCAAGAUCAAGCCAAACCCGGCUUACGUGAAGGAGGAGGCCAAGCCUUUGGAUGUCACAAAAGCUUCUAAGGGCUCUUUAAAGGAUAUGUACAAGGUGAUCAACGGAGAAGGGGAGCAGAUUAGGGCUUUCAAGUGCGAGCACUGUCGCGUCCUCUUCCUGGACCAUGUCAUGUACACCAUCCACAUGGGCUGCCACGGCUACCGGGACCCGCUGGAGUGCAACAUCUGUGGCUACCGGAGCCAGGACCGCUAUGAGUUCUCGUCGCAUAUAGUCCGGGGGGAGCACACAUUCCGCUAGGCCUUCUCAUCCAAAGGGGACUCCUAUGAAGUAGAAGAACUGCACAUGAAGAAAUACUGCACUUACAAUCCCACUUUUCCUCAGACAUUGAGAUGCCUAUUUUGUUGUUGUUGCUGUUGUCGUUGUUGCCGUUGUUUAAUUAUUAUUAUUAACCUUAUUUUUUGUGGACCCAACCUCAUUUGCUCUGCCCAGCUUAAGAAUGGAGAGAAGGAAGGGAAUGGAUAAAAAGAGGGGUUUGUUGUGGCAAUCAGUUCUUGGGGAGUGACCCGCCUUGCUUGCUGUGGGAAUUGGAAGGCAGUCUGUGUCCGUCUCAGUCAGUUGUACACAAUGUCCUCUCUUGGGAUGUCACUCAACCAUGCCAGGUGCUUUCAAGUCCCAACAAGAUGCCACUCAUUUGGAAUUUCAGAGGAAUAGAUAGAAACAUUUCAGAGGAGAGCCUUUUUCUAAUGUGAAGAUUCGGUGUGAGCUUUCGGUGGCUGGAGGAAAGGGGGGGAACUUUGUUUUGCAGAAUGAACAAUUAUUUUUAAAGCAAAACUGGUAGGGAGUUAGGAGCAUGAAUCAAAGUCAAUAUUCCUCUCAAAAUUAUUUUCAAGGGUGAGCUGUUUUCCUGGGUUCAGUGUGUAUUGCCCCUCUAGAAUGUAAAUAAAUUAAAAAAAAAAAAAAAAAGAAAAAGAAAUGUAUGUCUUAACACUGUACCACAUUAUAGCAGUUUAGUUUCAUAAGUCUGAGGGCCUUCUGUGGUAAGUUUGAGGCUUUGUAUUUUUAUUUUUCCUUAACUUAUGAAGCACCUUUUUUUAGAAUUGUUGAUAUUCUGUUACUCCAUGCCUAUGUGUUGUCUCACUGGCUUCUUAGAGACCCUUGGGAGCCUUAUUUCUUUAGUUGCACCCUAAAUUUUAAGAAAGAACAUUUAGAAAUAACAUUUAAACUUGCUUCUAGGACAGUAAGUGUCCUAGGAGUGGGUGAGAGCCUGUAGUUUACUCAAGAGGUUCUGCUGCUCUUCAGAAAUACUUUUGGGUUAAAAUUAUGGAUUUAAAAAUGACAAAAGUGCUAGUAGCAAAGUGUUCUUUAAAUAUAGGUAUAUAUAGAUACAUAAUUAUGUAAAUACUUUCUCAUUCUACUAUCACAGUGUUAACCUCUUGGCAACAGCCUAAACUGAGACUUGCAGCUGGGAAAGCGUUAGGAGCCAGAUCCUUGGCCAGCAUUAAUCCUCUUGGCUCCAUUGAAUUUAAUGGAACUGCCCCAACUAUUUCAGCUACAUCAGGAUCCCAACCUUGACUGUUUUUUCUCUUGUUGACUUCUUACUUCCUAAUAUGCUGAACCACUGACUUCCUUUUGUUUGUACAUCAUCAAUUCUGCUGAAUUUAGGGGUGAAAGUAUUAGCAGGUUUUGCUGGAUAGCCUUGACUCCUGGAGAGCACGGAAGGCCAGCAAACCAACAGGUCACAUAUGAUCUUCCCUGCUUCUUCAGAAAGGGAUAAGUGGAGAUGUAGGUGCUGGGUAUUGAUUUGGGCUUAAAGAUUUCUUCUUUGUUCCUAAUUUAAUAAUUUCCCUGUAGGGAAAGCAAAUGGAGAAGCACACUCCAGAGAGAGUCCUUGACACACAGAGUGGACAAGAAAACAAGUCCACUGAUCUGUUUUGUUUCCUUUCUUUCUCUCUCAGUAAAUAACAAAGGCAGCAAGCACCCAGCAAGUUGCAUCAGUAAAAACUGGGCUUAAACCUACAGGACAGAUUGCCAUUGAAACCCAACUGUUUGUACCAAUCACAGUUGAAAUGUUGUUGUUUGGCAACAAGAGCACAGCUUGAGAAUGGAAAGAUCUGGAUGGGUUUAACCCCCUCCGCACACACGGUCCCCAUGCGCCUGGGGAGACCUUUUCCAAAGGAUAAAGUUACUAAAGUAUAAAAGAGAGAGCAAGAUCAGGCCAUAAUGAAUUCCCAUCUGCUCCCUCCAAUCUGUGCACUUGAUGCAUAUGCCAGUUUGCUGUUCGUUUUGAGGGUACUGGGUUUUUUUUCUCCUUCUCUUCCUAGACCUGGAGCAUUUGAAAGUAGGAGCUGAAAGGUAUUGAUUGAAAUCUUUUUAUGGUGACAUUCUUGGCAGCUAGAACCUGUGUUUAGAAAGAAUACAGUAGAUCAUGGCCAGAUUACCUGAUGACUGCUUCCCAGCACUGCAAUGCUAUUAAGUAGGAGCUGGUAAAGUCUUGCAGUAGCCUAUUAAUUAUAAUACAAUAUGGAGAGAAAUGUCAUCUUGUGUAAUGUGAGACCUAUCAAGGCUGGGAAUAUGCAGGCUUUGGAGAGACAGAUUUAAAGAUCUAUUCCCAACAUUGUUCUUAAUGUCGUUGGGUUCCUCCCCUUCCUUCUUUCUUCACCCUAAUGUGGAGGAAAAUGGGGAAAAUGAACCAGUGCCAUCCUCUGGACCAUUCUCAUUGUCUUGUGCCUGGUGCAGCCAAAUUUUGUUUGUGCAGGAGAAAAGCAGGGAGAUGCUGGAGGGCAUCACUUGGAUUCUGUGUGGCUGAUCCUCUGUAGUGAGGGAGGUGGGCUUAGGAGGCAGCCGGCCGUGCUUCGUGUCAGGAUGUGCCUGGAAAUUCAGAAAACAAAAAAGUGGGGGUGAUUUGCUGAGGCAGGAGAGGUCAUUUAAGAACAAGGUGGAAACUAAAAGGUUCUUGGGCCUGAGGCUUGCUGGGCUUUCCUGGGCCUCCAGAAAAACACAUGGCCAAGCUAGAGAGAGAGGUUGCCGGCAAAUCCUUUCAGCCUCUGGGGAAAACACUCCGUUCUCCCCUCUGUGGUCAGCAAAAGAACAUUGGGCUGUGGUUUCUUGGAAUAGCUAGCACUAGGGAAAAAGUGUUUAAAAUUUCUGCCUUUGUUGGGGAAAGCACCAGAAUACGGGAAAGGUAGAGAAUCUCUUGUGUAUGCACAGAUCAGUUGGCUGCAAUUACAUCUGCAGUUCAUCUGCACUUGGGGUCACUGAUGACUCACUGCUACCUCCAGUAAGGUGUAUUCUGUGGGAGUUUAAAGGAUCACAUGGGGAGACCCACUGAUUUUGGACCUGGCUUCAGUUAAGUCCAUCUUCAUCUAUUAGUAGCAGGUGAGGUCUGUAUGUCCUGAUGUCACAGGCACAGGGAACUGGAGAAGUACUGGGGAAUUAUCUUAGUGAAACCACAUUUUUUGGAGAGGAAGAAACUUAAGGGGUCACAUUGAUUUUUUCUUAUCAAUGUCCUUUUCUAAACAUUCACAGGAGACUUUUAUCCUAGAGUCAGGAAAAGAAGAAAGAUUAAAUUCCAGUUCAAAUUUUGAAAAAAAUUUUGAAUUAACAUGUACUUUAGAAUUCAAUUCCUACUGAAAAUUAUUAUUAGAGGGCUUUAUGUAAUGCAGUUUGUUCCUUCACAAAAGUGAGCAAAAUGGGGCAGCAGAGAUUUCUUUGGGUGUUUUUUUCUUGCUUGCUCUCUGCAAGAAUUGGAUUUCUAAGAAAAGUUCUUGAGUUUCAUCAAGUUCAUUAGUCAUUCAUAGUGUACUAGGAAUUUCAGUAGCUAAUCCCUGGCCUCUAAAUUCGUUUGUUCUGAGUAUUUGGUGCUGGAAAUCAAAUCUGGCUGAUUUUUAUUGAACUCUUUUGAAAUUCUUGGAAUUGGGUUUCCGGUUAGAAACAUACAUCUGCAAAUUUAGAGUUGGCUUCCUGUGAGCAUUCCCCAUUUUCAUUUAAAAAAAAGAAAGAAAAAAAAAAUCUGGGCAAUUCUUUGCCAGUAAACCCUUUUGCUUCUUUUACAUUAAAAAUGGCAACACUCUGACUCA